AUUAAUGUUUCCUGACAUUUCUAUUAUUGACAGAUAAAUACUGAUUUACCCAAUUCUUGGAGAAUUAAUACUUUUUCCAGCUGAAGAAACUUACAAUUGCUGGACAGGUCCAUUCAGCAAUGGAGAGAAUAAGUCUAAUAUUAUGUCUGUUGUGGGUGAGUGUGAGCGUGUGUGAUUGUGAGGAUGUGCUGUAUGGGCAGGUUCAGUCUCCACUGUAUCCUGAUCCCUAUCCAGGUGAUAACCACACACAGUGGGACCUGAAAGUUCCACCUGGUUACAAAAUCCAACUCACCUUCAACUAUUUUGACAUUGAGCCCUCUGCCGACUGCUACUAUGACUCUCUUAUGGUUUUGUAUGGUAGGAAAGUUUUGGGGAAGUUUUGUGGCCAAAGGUCCACAGAUGCACACCACCCUGGCAACAAGCCCAUCUUGUCGCCUGGCAAUCAUCUCCAGCUGGUGUUUGUGACAGAUGACUCAAAUCCGGGACCUCAAAUGCACCUCGGCUUCUCUGCCUUCUACCAGGCUGUUGAUGUGGAUGAGUGUUCCUCUCCUGUUCCUUCGGAGGACUCUGAUCCGCCCUGUUCUCAAAUCUGCCUCAACACUCUGGGCUCCUACAUGUGUGCUUGUAACCAUGGCUACCAGCUGCAGGCCGAUGGGCGUACUUGCGUGUUGGAUUGUGGAGGGGGUGUUUACAAGGAGUCUGAGGGGACCUUGUCCAGCCCGGGAUAUCCAAACAUUUCACCCCGGGGACUGGACUGCGUCUACAACAUCUCUGUGCAGCCUGGCUUUGAAGUCACACUCAACUUUACCCACAAUUUUCACAUUGAGCAGAUCUACAACAAGGGACACUUCUGCCUCUUCCACUGGCUGCUGGUAACUGUCCCAGGUAAAAAACCCAUGAAGUACUGCGGUAAGAAAAGCCCUGGUGUCAUCCACACAGGCUCCCACAAUGUGCAGCUGGAGUACCAUACGGACAGCGCAGGACAGAGCCGCGGCUGGAGCCUCCACUACACCACCCAGAGGGUGGAGUGUAAACUGGAAAAGAGUAUCAGCAAUGGAAGAGUGACCCCAGAUUUCCCCCAGUACUUCUACAGGGACUACAUCCAUGUGCGCUGUGACCAGGGAUACAAACUCAUGAUGGGUGGGAAGGAGAUCAAGAGUUUUAAGUCCAUGUGCCAGCAUAAUGGGAAGUGGCACUUGCCUUUACCAGAGUGCAAGAUCCUAGACUGCGGAGAUCCCAACCCUCUGUUGAACGGUGGUGUCAGGUUUCUCUCCGGCUCUAACAACGAGUACCAGUCAGUCAUCCAGUACCACUGCAAUGAACCCUUCUAUGCAUUCAGAACUACUCACUCUGUAAAGUUCACAUGUGCUGCAGACCGGCGGUGGAGAGCAAAUGACAACAAUGCCAUAAUCCCUCUAUGUUAUCCAGUGUGUGGUCGUCCUACUGUUGACCUCUCCAAGCGUGACAGGGUGUUGGGAGGGAAGACAGCUCCAGCAAACUCGUUCCCCUGGCAGGUCUUCCUCAGGUCAGGAGGUCGAGGUGGAGCGAGCAUCAUUGGGGACCGGUGGCUCAUGACUGCAGCCCACAAUCUGGAGCAUGUGAAAUUCGCUCAAGAAAAAGUGCAGGUGUAUGUUGGAAACAUCCAUGUCAGUGAACUUGUGAAGUCCCCAUCACUUGCUAUUGCAUCGUUACAUGUUCACCCAGGUUACAAGAACAACAACUUGAGGACAAAUUUUGAUAAUGACAUCGCCUUGAUCAAGCUAAACUCUCCAAUCACAUUUAACAUGAAUGUUAUGCCAGUGUGUCUGCCUGAACGGGACACUGAGCUCAAUGGCACUGGCUUGGUUUCAGGAUUUGGACUGACUGAAGAUUCACUAACGGCUGACACACUCAGAUAUAUCAGACUCCCUGUUGUGGAACAAGACAAGUGCCACAGAUCCAUAGAGACUGAGAGAAAGAACCGCCAUGAUGUGGCUCCGCUGACAGGCAACAUGUUCUGUGCGGGUCUCCCUGAGGGGGGGAAGGACACCUGCUCUGGGGACAGUGGCUCGGCUUUUGUAAUGAAGGAUGAUGAGACGUACUGGGUGGCAGGCAUCGUUAGCUGGGGAGUGGAUUGCGGCCAACCAGGGAAGUACGGCAUUUACACCCGCGUGGCAAAGUACCUAAACUGGAUACAGAAAACCAUGGAUGAAAAUCAGUAACGGGAGAGCACAUCUAUGUGCAUCCAAACGUGAUAUUAAUGGGCAGUGUAUUACAUACAUGUUAAUUGCUGUGAUCAUAUUUGACUGUUUUUCCAAAAUUAUUCUACAGCUUGCCUGUGAGGAAACAGCUAAGAGCUAACUGCAUGAUAUUCACUCUGUGCCUGGCCUAUAAACUCAUGCUAAACAUAUGGAGAAAUAAAACCAAAUUUAUUAACUGUUA